UGUUAUUCUAGCCGUGUGCAGUAUUUCUACGCUUCAAUGGCUGUCCUCCUGCAGACACACCGAGGAUUUGUAAUCCACGCGUGGAAGAAUGACUGAUCUCAUGCUACACGCACGGCUAUUUUGACUGCAUGUUUGAUUCAAAUAAAGGCUGCAUUUCUUCUCUAACGCCGGGAAUUAUUUCCAGCUUUAUUCGACCUCAAACAAGAUAACCUCAAGCUGGAGGAGACUGCUGUCUGUUUGACAGCUCUCAAGUACAUCUUGAUUUUUUUUUACAUAUAUAUGUAUAUAUCUUCUAUAUGUAGAACUUCUUCUAAAUCCAAACUUAUUUUAUUUCGUCUACAAUCGCCGGAUCAACAUUUAAGUCUGUUUGUUGUAGUAAUAAUAAUAAUAAUUGCAAGUCCGGUUUUUAAACGCGUCUCGGAGAGCUCGUCCUUUGCAAACUGAAUCCGGAUCGUCGCCGCUUCGUUAAAACCCAAUAGCGGCGUCUAGAUUGCAAUCUGGAUUGAACUUUUCUUUUGUUCAACAUUUCGGGCUCAAAUGCACACAGCGCCUGUAUGGGAGUGAAACUCUCCCACACGGAAGUGACUUACACACGUUAGGCCAGUGAUCGGUUGUGUUUUUCUAAGUGAAGUUGUAUUAGUUGCGUCCAUUGAAUUGAAUUGGCAAGAUGAUUCCUGACAAGGCACCAGGCGACGAUGUGCUACAUGCUUCAGGGGACUUGAAGAAAGAAGCGCACAUUCCCAGCUUUGAGAAGUACAAAGAGCUGUACAUCAAAUCUGUCGAGUCUCCUGGGGAGUUCUGGGGAGAUGUCGCCAAAGAUUUUUUCUGGAAGACAAAAUACACCGGGAAGUUUCUGGACUACAAUUUCGACGUAACCAAGGGUGAAAUUUUCGUGAAGUGCAUGGAAGGUGCCACAACCAACAUCUGCUAUAAUGUUUUGGACCGCAACGUCUAUGAGAGGAAACUGGGUGACAAAGUGGCUUUUUACUGGGAGGGUAAUGAACCUGGAGAUGAAAAGACAGUGACAUACAGAGAACUGCUUCAGCAAGUCUGCAAGUUUGCCAAUGUUCUCAAGUCGCAAGGCGUGAAGAAAGGUGACCGUGUAUCUAUUUACAUGCCCAUGGUGGUGGAGCUGGUGGUGGCUAUGCUGGCCUGCGCUCGGAUUGGAGCGGUCCACUCUAUAGUGUUUGCCGGUUUCUCCGCUGAGUCAUUGUGUGAAAGGAUCAUGGACUCUCAAUGCUGUAUUCUUAUAACCGCAGAUGGCUUUUACCGCGGUGAUAAACUAAUCAAUCUGAAGCUUAUAGCUGACGAGGCACUACAGAAAUGCAGGGACAAGUCUUUCACAUUGGAUAAAUGUAUAAUGCUAAAACACCUCACAAAAGAAGAGGCUUUGUCUGGAUCGCUGUCGCCCCCAGCGAAACGCGCCUGCCCUGAUCUGCAGCAGGAGAAACAGAAAGAAAGAGUAAGGAAGGUCCGUCCCUCCCCACAGGUGCCAUGGAAUCCUGAGAUUGAUUUGUGUUGGCACUCUCUGAUUGGUGGAGCAUCAGAGGAGUGUGAGCCUGUCUGGUGUGAUUCAGAAGACCCGCUCUUUAUCCUCUACACCAGCGGCUCUACUGGGAAACCUAAGGGUGUAUUGCAUACAGUGAGUGGCUACAUGCUUUACACUGCGGCCACCUUUAAGAUGGUGUUUGAUUAUCACUCUGAUGAUGUGUACUGGUGCACUGCAGACAUUGGUUGGAUCACCGGUCACUCAUACAUCACAUAUGGGCCGUUGGCCAAUGGCGCGACCAGUGUGUUGUUUGAGGGUCUUCCCACAUACCCGGAUGUGAGCCGAAUGUGGGAGAUUGUUGAUAAAUAUCACAUCUCCAAGUUCUACACAGCACCCACCGCCAUCCGGCUCUUGAUGAAGUAUGGCAGUGAGCCCGUUCAGAAGUAUAAGCGGACCUCCCUGAAGAUUUUGGGAACCGUAGGGGAGCCCAUAAACCCAGAAGCCUGGCAGUGGUACUACAACGUGGUGGGAGAGAAGAAAUGUCCUGUGGUGGACACCUUCUGGCAGACUGAGACGGGUGGGCAUGUGAUGACCCCUCUGCCGGCUGCUACUCCCAUGAAGCCUGGCUCUGCUACAUUUCCCUUUUUUGGGGUUGUACCUGCUAUUCUGAAUGAGUCGGGGGAGGAACUUGAAGGACCAAGUGAGGGCUAUCUGGUGUUUAAACAGCCUUGGCCAGGUCUGAUGAGAACUGUGUACGGGAACCACGAAAGAUUCGAAACCACCUACUUCAAGAAAUUCCCUGGAUACUACGUGACUGGAGAUGGUUGUCGUAGAGAUAAAGACGGGUACUACUGGAUCACCGGAAGGAUAGAUGACAUGUUGAAUGUGUCUGGGCACUUACUAAGCACUGCAGAGGUGGAGUCGGCUCUGGUGGAGCAUGAAGCUGUAGCUGAGGCAGCGGUUGUGGGGCGGCCACACCCUGUUAAAGGCGAGAGUCUCUACUGUUUUGUCACCCUCAAUGACGGAAUCAACUACAACCAAAAGCUGGAGGCGGAGCUUAAAAAGCAAGUGAGAGAGAAGAUUGGUGCCAUAGCUACACCUGACUAUAUUCAGAAUGCCCCCAGCCUUCCAAAAACCAGAUCAGGCAAGAUCAUGCGUCGUGUUUUGCGGAAGAUAGCGUGUAAUGAGCGGGAUUUGGGUGAUGUGUCCACGUUAGCAGACAGCUCUGUCAUUGAACAACUGUUUGAGAACCGCUGCUGUACUGCUGUGUGACCACCAGGGGCAUCCACCACAACGCCACUGUCUGGCCCCCAUACCAGCUUCAGUUCUGGAGGGAAGAGGAUGAAUCUGAGCUACAAUGGAGUUUAGGAUAAUGCUACUAGUGGGCAGACAGAACGAAAAAAAACUUAAGAGAUGUAUAAUUCCUACUGCAAUUCACCGACUCAAAGAAAUCUCUUGGAAAACCCAAGGUUUGGGUUUGGCAUAGAGUUUUAACUGCAUUUUUACAGGACCCAGUUAUAUGUUAGAAAACACUUUCACCCCCCUCUUCAAAAUUUUAUUAUGUUUAUUAUUUCCUUCUCUUUCUCUGUGUGUCAGUUCAUUAAUCUGCUUUCAAUGUGCCAACAUAACCUCAAAACAAGGUUGUUUUUUUUUGUUUGUUUUUUUUCUUCAUUUUUUCACUACUAAAAUGAGAAAAUAAGACUGUAUAUGUCAUGAUUUUGUUGUGUACUAAGUUAUAGCGGUUUAAAAUCUCUCUGCUUUGGUCGAAGGUUUCAUUUUAACAUUUAAAGCUACAAAUUGUAUAGAACUUUCUAUACAAGCCAAAGCAUGCAUUAAUAUUUACCAAAAUAACAUGGUAUCGUACAGGUGUCACCAAUGUUAGAAUUUAACUGUAUAUUUUAUUCCUGGAACAGUUUGCAACUUUGUGAUGAAAGUUUGUGUGUGAACCGACAAUAAUAUUUAGAAUAUAUUUCUUCAGGAAAGUUAUGAAAGAGCUAUGAUUGACUUCAUAAAGGCUGUAUGUUCAUUUGAAAAUGUACUUGACAGGAGUAAAUGACAUUUCUGACCAUGAUGGUGAUCUCGUUGUAAUCCUGAUACUUAGACCCGUUCAGUGGCUUAAUUUCAAAGUGUUAAAAUCUGUAUUUUAUAUUGUGAAGGUAUCCUCUCAAGAAGCUUUUUCAGGAGAAAAGUGAUCAAAUUCCAGCCGUUGUAUGAGUGUACGGUGCUCUCAUGCAGCAGUACUGCAUCUCUGGACUGUAUUUGUUACUAUUGUCAGAUUGAUUACUUCCAGCUUGGCAUUAACUUGAGUUUUGGAUAUUUCAUAGCUCUUAAUGUGGAUGAGUAAUAGCUGUCAAUGCUUUUCUCAACCCUGUAAGCAUUCACUAGCCUAUAUGAUGAGCGAUUUGAACUUCUGUUUGUGUUUUUUUUUUACCCUUUAUUUUCCUUUU